AAUCUCAGUGAGUGAACUCCGCUUCGGUUGGUCCGUUAAAACGACAGUAGUGAGUGCGUAACAUCCGAAACAGAUAGCGAAGUCUUACCUAACUUGCACACACUCACUGUUGUUUCGGUUACGUACUACGUAUUAGCCAUAACAGCCAGAGAAGUUAUAAAACAUUAGUCCGUCUUAUUACUCUCCGUAUUGGUGUAAACAAGAAGGGUGCGUAAACUGAGCACUAAACCUGUUUUUCUUCUGACGAUUUACAAUGAGCAGACCUACUUCAUUCUGGAAUAAUUUGAAAACUACGUUUGGUCGACCAAGAGACAAAACUGAUGGAGUUAAAGAAAAUGGAGAAAAUGGUCACAUUAUUCCUCUUAACACAAUAGAUAGUAAUAUGAAGACAGCUGCGGACGAUUGCGAAAAGAAUACUAUAGCAACAGAAUCAGGAGAUCUACCAGAGCGAGGGACCUGGAGUACAGGAAAAUUUGGCUUCAUAUUCGGCUGUCUCAACUAUGCUGUCGGGUUAGGCAACGUGUGGCGAUUUCCAUAUUUAUGUUAUGAAAACGGAGGAGGAGCUUUCUUGUUGCCUUAUUUCCUGAGUAUCAUUCUAUGUGGAAUACCUCUAUUUAUAAUGGAAGUAUCUAUAGGCCAGUUUAUGAGCACAGGCGGAAUAGCUGUAUGGAACUUGGUACCUAUUCUAAAAGGUAUUGGUUUUGCUUCCAUGACCAUGAUUGGAUUAUGUAAUAUCUACUACAUUGUACUCAUUGCGUACACGUUGUUUUAUUUGAUCAACUCCUUUCGAACUCAGUUACCAUGGGAAAAAUGUGGAAACAGCUGGAACUCACACAGGUGUUUUGAAGCUGGUAAUAAUACCGAAGCUGCGCUGACAGCCAAAAAUCUGACCCGUAAUGACACCAUUUCCCCCGUAAUGGAAUACUGGGAAAACCAUGUAUUACGCCUAACUUCAGGACUCCAUGAUAUAGGCGAGUUGAGAGUGGAACUAGUUUUUCUGCUUUUGCUGGCCUGGGUUUUAGUCUAUAUGGUAAUCUGGAGAGGUUUACACCAAAGUGGGAAGAUUAUCUGGUUCACGGCUCUUUUCCCCUACGUCCUAUUGGUGGUGUUGUUUGGUCGUGGAAUAUCGCUAGAGGGUGCUUCUAAGGGAUUACUUUAUUACGUCAAACCAGACUUUGAAAAACUUUGGAAUCCUCAGGUGUGGGUGAAGGCAGGCACUCAAGUUUUAUUUUCAUAUGGAAUUGGCAUUGGAGCUAACAUAGCGCUUGGAAGUUAUAACAAAUAUCAUCAUAACUUUCACAGAGAUUCGCUUAUCGUGUGCUGUAUCAGUAGUGGGACCAGUCUUUUCUCUGGGCUUGUGAUAUUUUCCGUCCUUGGCCACAUGGCAGAAGUACAGCAAAAAGAUAUUUCAGAAGUGGCUCGAUCUGGUCCUGGCUUAGCUUUUCUGGCUUACCCUGAAAUCGUUGUCAAACUUCCAGGGGCUCCUGUAUGGGCAGUCCUUUUCUUUCUCAUGUUACUAGUGUUGGGCACGGAUAGCCAGUUUUGUACUGUGGAAGCUUUUGUCACAGGGAUCGUUGAUGAAUUUCCAAAGAUACUACGGCCACGUCGCAGACUUUUUACCUUUCUUGUUGUUGUUGUUCAGUUUCUUCUUGGACUACCUCUUAUUUCUCAGGGAGGACAGUAUUUGUUCCAAUUAAUGGACGAUUUUUCGGCAAGUGGAGUCACUCUGUUAACUGUGGUUUUCUUUGAAAUCGUUGGAUUUGCUUGGAUUUAUGGCUCAAAACAAAUUUGCUGCAACAUUAAGCAUAUGAUUGGAUUCCAGCCUAACCCCUUUUUUGUAUUCUGCUGGGUAAUAGCAGCACCUGUUGUUAUUAUGGGAAUUUUCCUUUUUUCUAUUUGGAAAUACGAAGGAGUGACCUACGCUAACUCUUACAAGUAUCCCUGGUGGGGAGAAAUGAUAGGCUGGGGAAUAUCUUUAGUAUCAAUUUCCUGGAUACCAUGUUACAUAAUCUAUUAUCUCUUGAAGACCUCAGGAACACUUAAAGAUGUAAGUUUCGUGUAAAAUAAAACAUAAUUAU